CGAAGCGUUCGUACUAGUCAACUGGAGCCGCUUAUGUUGUACUGCAGCCGUCGACAGUUUGGGGCGGUAGGAGGAGAGUGGACUGUUUGUUUUCAUAAGAGACCGGCAGGAGGGGGGUGCUACUUUUUCGUCCUCGAGCAAACUGUGGUUUUUGUGUGUCCGUGGGAGAAGUAAGUGUUUUCAUGUUGUGCAGUUUCCAGUGUUUGCGCGAAGACUUCCAACUGGCGAAUCGCAUCAGUUCGCCCGGAGGGUCAUCGUCAGCGACGACACCCUCUGCUCCGUCAGCGUCGACCGUUUAGAAAAUGACCGGAGAGAAGGUCCGCUCCCUGCGCAAGGACCACAGGCCGAGCAAAGACGAGGACUUACUGGAGCCCGACGAAGAGGCUGCGACCGGGACGUUUACAGCCUCCAGGACGAACAACAAGAGCAGAGCGAGUAAAAUCUUCAGCAACCACAAGUUAAUCAAGUCUUCAUCCACACAACAACAACAGCAGCAGCAGAACCAACAGUCGCAGAUUAAUGCUAACACCAACACACUGUCAACAUCCGAUGUUAUCGAUGACAACAACAAAAACCCCAUUAUCCGAACUGGGCAGGACUUUCCGGUGCACGAAUGUGUAUUUAAGGGAGAUGUCCGACGACUGUCUUCGCUCAUACGGACGCAGAAUAUCGCCCAGAAAGACGUCCAUGGAAACACACCGCUGCAUCUUGCUGUCAUGAUGGGACAUAAAGAGUGUGCCCAUCUGCUGCUGGCCCACAAUGCACCAGUGAAGGUGAAGAACGCUCAGGGAUGGAGCCCCCUCGCCGAGGCCAUUAGCUACGGAGACCGACAGAUGAUCACAGCGCUGCUGAGGAAGCUGAAGCAGCAGUCCAGGGAGAGCGUGGAGGACAAGAGGCCCAAACUGCUGAAAGCCCUCAAAGAGCUCGGAGACUUUUACUUGGAGCUUCACUGGGACUUCCAAAGUUGGGUGCCUUUGCUCUCCAGAAUCCUGCCUUCAGAUGCCUGCAAGAUCUACAAACAAGGCAUCAACAUCAGACUGGAUACAACCCUGAUAGACUUCACUGACAUGAAAUGCCAGCGGGGUGACCUCAGUUUCAUCUUUAACGGCAAUGCUAUUCCCUCAGAGUCUUUUGUUGUGCUGGAUAAUGAACAGAAAGUCUACCAGCGGAUACACCAUGAGGAGUCGGAGAUGGAAACAGAAGAAGAAGUGGAUAUUCUGAUGAGCAGCGACGUGUACUCCGCCACACUGUCCACCAAAUCCAUCACGUUCUCUAGGGCGCAGACUGGUUGGCUGUUCAGGGAAGACAAGACGGAGCGCGUGGGAAACUUUCUGGCCGAUUUCUACUCUGUGAACGGCCUGGUGCUCGAGUCCAGGAAGAGGAGAGAGCAUCUGAGCGAGGAGGACAUCUUGAGGAACAAAGCCAUCAUGGAGAGUCUGAGCAAAGGAGGGAACCUCAUAGAGCAGAACUUUGAGCCAGCAAGAAGGCAAUCUCUAACCCCCCCGUCACCCAACACUAUAUCCUGGGAAGAAUACAUCACGGCUGACAAUGGAAAAGCUCCUCAUCUAGGAAGAGAGCUGGUGUGCAAGGAGAGCAAGAAAAACUUCAAAGCCACAAUAGCCAUGAGUCAAGACUUCCCUCUGAGCAUCGAAUCGUUACUGAAUGUUCUGGAAGUGAUUGCACCCUUCAAGCACUUUAAUAAACUCAGGGAGUUUGUUCAGAUGAAGCUCCCCCCUGGCUUUCCCGUCAAGCUCGACAUCCCCGUGUUUCCUACGAUCACGGCCACGGUGACGUUUCAGGAGUUUCGCUACGAUGAGUUUGAUGAAUCCAUUUUUAGCAUUCCCAAUGAUUAUAAAGAAGACCCUAGCCGCUUCCCCGACCUUUAACCUCACACACUGGACACUGAACCGCAAACAAGCAACGAGGCAACAUUAUGCUACAGAGGGUACUUUUUGAAUUUAAGAAACAAAACAAAAAACAUGAGGAAUAAAAACUGUGUUUUGCGACUACCCCUCGCCCGCCCCGACUCUGAAUACAGACGGCGACCAGACAGCCUAACACACCUAAAUUUAAAUCGGAGGUAGCGGGUUGUUCGACAUCUCCUCGUGUCGCAGGUUUGAACUUUACCUUUUAGAUUUGAUUCGAUGCAGCGUCCGAGGCAGGAAGUGCAGGUGACUGUGAGAAUCUCAUCAGUGAAGGGGCAUUGGAGUUAAUAUGAGAAACAACACAGCAGGUGAAUUUUCUGUAUAUUCAGUACGAGUACGAAAAACAGCAGCUCAGCUGAUGCUUUGUAUUUAAGUAUGUAAGUAAUGUUCAUAAAGGGACUGUUUUAAACUGAUGUGUAGUUACAGCACUGAGUGACUGUGAGAGACGCUGGAGAGGAAUUCCACUUGAAAUUGAUUUUGAGAUCAAUUUUUCACUUUUCAAAACACUCGUGAAAAAUCAUCAGCCUUUUUUAAAAAAAUAUUUUAUGAUCUUACAUUUAUUAAAUUACAUAUCAUAAUUUAUGUCCUAAUCUAUGUUACAGGCCUGUGUAAGAACUCUAUUAAAGAACACACUAGACUAUUCCUAUUUAAUGAUUAAGGAUGAAAUGUAAAUGUCCAAAGGGGUCGAAUUAUUACUAAAAAAGUGUUACUUAAAAAAAAAAAAAAAAAGGAUUAUAACGGCCAUGUUAA